AUGCCGACUGCGGAGCGCAUUUUUUUUGAUAGUAGUUAUUCGGGACUACUACUAAGGAUUAGGAGUCAUGCUUGAGGUAAUAAGGGUUUCUAAUGAAUUUAUUAGAUAUAAUGAUUAUGAAACCUGCGAGCAACCGUAUUACUGCUUUUGGGGUUUCGCUCGGUACGCAGGGCGCAUCAUCCGAGAGCCCUGCAUCACGAAGCGGUGCUAAAGCAAAAACGCGAGGAGGGAGAGGGCGUCGCAGUCCCGGCUCCGUACUCGCAAAGAGCACCCCUUGCUAAAUCAGAGUAUGUACGCAGUGGAAAAGCAGGAGUGCAACGCUCCCACUGCUAAAGCAAGGCGCUAAAGCAGCACUCCCUGUCUACGAAGGCACGACGGGUACUGUAGUUUUAUCAGCGUCCUCCUACAUUCGCUUAGCUUCCGGAUCCUUCUUGAUCUCGUACGUAGAGUUUCACUUGCAGUACGAAGCAGACAGCUCUCGCGCUUCGCGACCGAAG